AAAAAUAACACAUCUUAUUUCCUCUCCCUUUUCUCUCUCCCUCCCUCAAUCAAAUCUUCUGCACAAAGUUAAAGAUUUGAAGGAAGCAAAAUGGAUUUGUGGUUUACCAUUGUUGCAAUUGUCUUCUUUGCAUCUAUACUCGUUGCAAAGAACACGAAAAUGACAAAGAAAAAUCUACCUCCUGGACCACCAAGACUUCCUAUAAUUGGCAACUUGCACCAAUUGGGAUCAAAACCUCACCGUUCCAUGUUCAUAUUGUCUGAAAAAUAUGGAUCUCUAAUGUCCCUCAAGUUUGGAAACGUGUCUACCGUUGUGGCAUCAACUCCAGAAACAGUGAAAGAUGUCUUGAAAACGUUCGACGUUGAUUGUUGCUCACGACCUUAUAUGACUUACGCUGCAAGGCUUUCAUACAAUCGCAACGAUCUCGCAUAUUCUCCCUAUAGUAAAUACUGGAGGGAACUGCGAAAGUUGACAGUUACGGAACUCUACACCCCAAAGAGGGUCAAGUCCUUUGGACAUCUCAGAGAACAAGAAGUUGCCUCCUUGGUCGAUUUCAUCAAACAAUCUGCCUCAUUGAAGAAACAGGUUAAUAUCAACCUCAAGCUUUUGAAAUUAUCAGCAAGUGUGAUUUGUAGACUUGGAUUUGGGAUAAGUCUUGAAGGGAGUAAACUUGAGAGUAGUUAUGAAGAAGUUAUUCAAGGGAUCAUGGAGGUUGCGGGGAGUUUUGCAGCAGCGGAUUGCUUCGCCGUUGUUGGUGGAUUAAUCGAUAGACUCACAGGGUUACAUAGUAAAUGUGAGAAGGUUUUUAAAGCAAUGGAUUUGUUUUUUGAUGAAGCCAUAAAGCAUCACUUAGAGAAUGAGAGUAUUAAAGAUGAUAUCAUUCACUUGCUUCUCAAAAUGGAAAGGGGAGAGAUUGGACUUGGAGAGUUUCAACUUACCAGAAACCACACCAAAGGAAUUCUUCUGAACAUUCUUGCUGCUGGAAUAGACACUUCUGCCCAAACUGCAACAUGGGUGAUGACACAUUUGAUUGCAAACCCAAGAGUUAUGAACAAAGUGCAAGCCGAGGUAAGAGAAGUGAUAAAAAACAAAGAUGAUAUCACUGAAGAAGAUAUAGACAAAUUGGAGUAUCUCAAAAUGGUUAUUAAAGAAACAUUCCGGAUAAACCCACUUGUGCCACUUCUGGUACCAAGGGAGGCUUUAAAGGAUAUAAAGAUCGCAGGUUAUGACAUUCCGAAGAAAACAUGGAUCCAUGUCAACAUUUGGGCUAUUCAUAGGAAUCCAAAUGUUUGGAAAGAUCCAGAAGUUUUCAUCCCUGAGAGAUUUAUGGACAAUGAGAUCGACUAUAAAGGUCUAAACUUUGAGUUGUUGCCAUUUGGUAGUGGACGGAGGAUGUGCCCUGGUAUGGGUAUGGGAAUGUCUUUGGUACACUUGACUCUUGUCAAUCUUAUUUACCGUUUCGAUUGGAAGCUCCCGAAAGGAAUGAGUGCAAAAGAUGUUGAUCUUGAAGAAUCUUAUGGACUUGUAUGUCCAAAGAAAGUUCCACUCGAGAUUAUCCCGGUCAUUACCCAGUGGACUUGAUGUUUGUAUGUAUAUAUAUUUCAUAUUUAAGAUGUAACCUUUGAAUUGUUUUGUAGGUCUUAUUAUUAGCAACAAAAACUUGUUCAAUGAAUUCAUUUUAGCAAAUUAUUUCUGGUAAAUACAACGUUUUAUGCUCG